CUGGAUGGCUGGAGUAUUUAAAUGUUGUCCAAACCAACCCUCUGUCACACUCUCUCCCUCUAACUCUAUGCUGAAAUAUAUUGCUCUUCUCUUCCAAACUCCUUAGGUUGAUAGAAGAUGGCAACUGCAGGAAAAGUGAUUAAAUGCCGCGCUGCAGUGGCAUGGGAGCCAAGCAAACCCCUGGUGAUGGAGGAAAUUGAGGUGGCUCCUCCCCAGGCACAUGAGAUUCGCAUCAAGAUAGUGGCCACGGGUGUGUGUCACACGGACCUGUACCACCUGUUUGAGGGGAAACACAAGGAUGGCUUCCCUUGUGUCCUGGGCCACGAAGGGGCUGGGAUUGUCGAGAGUGUGGGGUCGGAAGUGACCAAAUUCAAUCCAGGUGAUAAAGUCAUCCCUCUGUUCAUCUCCCAAUGUGGCCAGUGCCGGUUCUGCAAGAGCCCAAAGACCAACCUGUGUGAGAAGGGCUGGGCCAGUGAUAGGUAUGAUGUGAUGUCAGAGUCAGACACCCGGUUCACUUGUAAGGGGAAGAAGGUGCUGCAGUUCAUGGGGACCAGCACUUUCUCAGAAUACACCGUGGUCAAUGAGAUCGCCGUGGCCAAGAUCCAUCCCUCAGCCCCUCUCGACAAGGUCUGUCUCCUUGGCUGUGGAGUCGCCACCGGAUAUGGCGCAGCCCUUAACACAGCCAAGGUGGAGCCAGGGUCUACAUGUGCUGUGUUUGGCCUGGGAGCUGUGGGGUUGGCAGCGGUCAUGGGUUGCAAAAACGCUGGGGCCAAGAGGAUCAUCGCCAUUGAUAUUAACCCAACCAAAUAUGAGAAGGCCAAGGUCUUCGGUGCCACAGAGUUUGUCAACCCCAAGGACCACAACAAACCCAUCAGUCAAGUGCUGCAUGAGAUGACCAAUGGAGGAGUGGACUUUUCCCUGGAAUGUGUGGGGAGUGUGGCCGUAAUGAGGAGUGCUUUGGAGUCGUGUGUUAAGGGAUGGGGAGUAAGUGUGCUGGUCGGAUGGACUGACAUGGAUGACUUUGCUGCCAGACCCAUUCAGCUCAUAGCUGGCCGCACCUGGAAAGGAUCUCUGUUUGGAGGUUUUAAGAGUAAGGAUGGUGUGCCCAAGCUGGUGAAUGAGUACCUGGAGAAGAAAGUGAAGCUGGAUGAGUUUGUCACCCACAACAUGACCCUGGCCCAGGUCAACGACGCCAUCCAACUCAUGCAGACAGGAGACUGUAUACGGUCAGUCCUGAGUGUGGCACUGCAGUAAGAGGGUCAACUCAACCCAGCCAAUAUCACUUACUUUUCCUGCUCAACCAAUCAACGAGCAAAACUAUACAAUAUGGCUUGAUAAACCAAUGAUUCACUAUAUCACAAUAUGUAUUAGUAGGGGUGAAUACUCAAUGGUAGGUAGCAUACUGCAGGCAUGCUGCUAGUAACCAUUGUAACAACAAUGAUAAUCAUGUUUUGAUUUUGUUAUGUUGCCUGGAAGCCAAUUAUGUUUCUGCUUUAGUCAUUGUCAAGUGGCAGUAGGAUAAAGUACAAAGAGAUCUGGCUAUCAUGUGUCAGUUUUGAAUAAAAACCAUUCCCUACUUCUCGGUCGUUGCUCAAUCAAUGCUGGGUCAAUAGAUUGGCGGUUAUUAGUUAUCCAAUCUCAUACCUUAGUUUGCGCAUCUAAGCAUAAAGUCGCUGUGAGCGACGAUAACUUAUCAGUAUGGUAUCCGGGCCUUUCAAUACCCUUUAUCAGUGUAAUGUCUGUGCUCAAACAUUGUUAUUAAUAUAUAAACAGAGUACAUUUCCACACAAACGUGUUUCAACAACACGUACAUGCUUCUCCGGGUUAGUCUGUGGUUAGUCUGUGGUUAGUCUGUUAUGAUACUUAUUGUCGUGAUUGUGUUUGUCAAGGAGUGACAGUGACCCAGUUGUUUCUUACUUAUUUUUUUAAUCAGACAGUGUAGUUAUUUGUAAUAAAAUUGUCGGGGAUCAACAUUUGAUGAUAUUCUGUAGUUAGAUAAUUAUAAAUAUAUGUGAUUGAAAUAGAGUAGGAUUGAUUCUGGCAUUAAAGAUAUUUAUAACCCA